AUGCAUCAUCAACAGCAGCUACACCGGUGUUGUCUGCUCCUAGCCGGGGUUUCCCUGCUGCUACUUUUCGUGGCGUUCGUAGACGUGGUGCAACCUGCAUCGAUCUAUUCGCCCGACUUCAACGACAGCAGCGCACACUUCCUCGCUCAACAGCGAUCCUGUCGCGAUCUGUGCAGCUUCUGUCCCACGUGCAAUGGGUUCUACUGCGGAGAGGAAUGUAUCUGUGAGUGCAGCCAGGAUCCAUCGGAACACGCCAAGUGUAUCGAUCUGAUCCGUGCCAACAGUGAAAAGCUGGGCCUGGUGUACGAUCUCUUCAUACAGAUGCCCCAGAAACGGUCUACUCGGGCACGGUUUGGACGUCGCGUAAAGUCUAGCGAACAGAUUGACGACAACGCUACCGCCGGUGCUGAUGGAGGUUUUCGUAAGAUUUUGUUCUCCAACUUUGCCUCGAAACGGACACCGGAACAGCAGCAGCAACAGCAGCAUUUGAUCGAUCCCAUCACCACGAUGAACAAUCAGGACGAGGCGAGCAUUAUCGGGAAGGAAAGACUGGAAAAGAUGAGCACGCUGCAGGAGCUCCCUUUCGAAGCUGAUCGAGCGUAA